AUGUCUGAACGUAAAGUUUUAAAUAAAUACUAUUCCCCGGAUUUUGAUCCAUCAAAAAUUCCUCCCAUGAAAUUAGCGAAAAACCAUCAAUACACUGUACGACUGAUGGCCCCGUUCAACAUGAGAUGCAAAACUUGCGGAGAGUAUAUUUACAAAGGUAAAAAAUUCAACGCGCGCAAGGAAGACGUCGAGGGAAGCGAUUACUUGGGAAUAAGGAUCUACCGAUUUUACAUAAAGUGCACGAGGUGUCUGCAGGAAAUAUCUUUCAAAACAGACCCUAAGAACACAGACUACGAGAUCGAGGCUGGAGCUACGAUGAAUUUCAUGGCUCUGAAACUUGCUGAGGAGCAGGCUAAGCGCGAGGAGGAUGAAAAGAACGAGGAAGAGGCUUCUAAUCCAAUGAAGCUCCUCGAGAAGAGGACUCAGCAGUCGAAACAGGGAGCUGGAGGUUCUUGA